GAAUAAGAGAAAAAACAAAUGAACGAACGAAAAGAAAAAAGAGAAAAUAAAUAAAGGAGGGAAUCGCAGUAACCGAAAAACGGCCAUGCACUGCAAAAAACAACGUACAUUUAUUAAGCUACGUAUUGUCGUUUAGCACAAAUCUGUUAAAAGUAAAUAAAUUAUUAGUAGAGAUGCGAAUUUAUUGAAAAGGUACAUGUGCCGGCGAGAAGGAAAACAAUUGCGAUAAAAGCACUAAAAAUAAAAUGAAAAAAAAUCAUUAAAUAAAUAAAUAAAAAAGAAGAAAAAUGAUAACAAAAAAGACCAUAUGGUACAGUCAUGUCCGAAGCAUAUAAUAAAAUAGAGGAAAAAGUAACCCCGCGUAUGCAUACUUUUAAUUAAGUGAAUACUGUGAAAACACGGGUGUUAAGGGAACAUUUUUUGUUAUAGGUACGCGCGUCAUUAUUAUUAUUAUUAUUAUUAUUAUUAUUAUUAUUAUUAUUAUUAUUAUUAUUAUUAUUAUAUUAUAUUAUAUUAUAUUAUAUUAUAUUAUAUUAUAUUAUAUUAUAUUAUAUUAUAGUAUAGUAUAUUAUAUUAUAUGUACAUAUAUAUGUACAUAUAUAUGUAUGUAUACGUAUAUUUGUAAUUAUCUAUAUAUAUAUAUAUAUAUAUAUAUAUAUAUAUAUAUAUAUACACACAUAUAUAUAUAUAUAGAUAUUCCAAUUAGACCACAAAAUGACACGUUUUAAAGCAGUGUACAAUUAUGAAACGACAUAUUUGCAAGGGAAAAAAAUGGGCGUAACAAGCUACCUACCUACCCCACGUUUAUUCGUGAUAGAUGUACGUAAUCGAUGUACGUAUUUUCAUAUAGACAUGUGCGUAAUGAAUAGAUUCAUAUGUUCAUAUGUAAAUAUAUACCCGAUUGAGAAAAUACGGAGAUAAAUAAUGAGAUGAUAUUGCACAAAUUGCAGCUUCUAUGAUAUCCGUUUUAUUAAAAAGAGAAGCCAUUUAAAAUAAUGAUAAUAUAGAAAGAAUGAUUUGAAAACUUGAUCACAACUUCGGCACACACACAUAUAGAGUAUUAUUAAUCGUAUACGCGUCUGAAACUAUAUAUAUAUAUCCGAUGAUGGUCCAUUUCGAAAUAGUGAUUUCUCGAAAGAGAAUAUCCAUUUAUUGAUUUUCUUAAUUUAUCCUUCAAAGAGUAGAGAAGAGAGAAUGUUGAAACACACUCCAUGGAUGUGACUGUACAACGUGAAUAAUGAAGACUUGUCCGGCGGUACAUAUAUCGAGGAUCUGUUUUCAAACUUGAGUCUAAAGGGUUGCAUAUUGUACAUAAACAAGACAUAUUUUCUAUAUAAGGGACGUCGCUCGGUAAAGCCGAUGGCUCGAAAAAUAUUGCAAUAUUAUGAUAAUUCUUUCAAGCGAUAGGAUAGCGUUUAAUCGUUUUAUGUAAUGUAAUGAUAGAAGAGGGUCUGACAGAAUAAAAAUGGAAGUUCUGUAUUUAAAAAACA